CUGCACACCGUGAGCCUCUCGGGCUGCGAUUGGGUGACCGACGUCGCAGCGCUCGCCAGCGUUCACACACUGGACCUCUCGCACUGCGCGCAGCUCCGCGAUGUCUCACCACUCGUUCACGUACAUGAUCUCAACCUUGCAAGCACCUAUGUCGAGGCGGUGGCCUGUCUGCGCUUGGUGCACACGCUGAACCUCGCCAACUGCCGCCGCAUCAAAGAUGACGACGUCAACGCGCUCACCUUGGUGCACACACUCUGCCUCGACGGCUGCGACCAGCUCACGACCGUACAUGGGCUGCGUCACGUGCAUUCGCUCAGCCUUAUUAACUGCACGGGACUCACUGAUGUCUCGAUGCUCGGUCAUGUGCACACGCUGGACCUCACGGGCUGCUUGAACCUCACGGACUAUGCGAUAGCCGCGUGA